AAGUGAUCUCUGGUUCCAUAGCCUGGGGUGACUCUGGUCCCAGAUCUCCCUCCCCAGAGCCCCCACCUCCCCAACCCCACAGGGCAUCAUCCGGGGUGCAGCAUCUGUCCUUAUUCUCCUCAGUGACAUGGACCCCAUUUGGGCUGUUGCUCUGGGUUUCCGUCUUUCAAAGUAUGGCAAUGUCUGAAGCACGAGAAAACCAGACUCGAAAGGUGCGCUCUUAUGACCUGACGCUGGAUCCGCCCCCCUCGAUGGAACCUGACAUGUCAUUCUGCGAUAUGUUGCUUGGGGGUCCGGAACCAGCUCCCAUCGAAAGUGUGCCCUGGUACUGCAUCUGCUCUCACUGCAAGGGCACAGUCGGACCCAAGGGCGAGCAGGGGGACCGGGGCCUUCCAGGGAGUCCAGGCAGCCCAGGGAGAAGGGGCUUCACCGGGUUCCAUGGACCGCCAGGAUUCAGGGGUCGACCAGGCCUCAAGGGACAGAAAGGAGAUGAAGGAGAGAAGGGAGGGCUUGGGCCCAUGGGAUUCACUGGGCCAAAGGGAGGGCGUGGCUAUAAGGGGGACAAGGGGGACCCGGGUCUGGAGGGACCUUCUGGGGAGCAGGGGCCUCAGGGGGAGCCAGGGCAGUGCCAAGAACCGUGCGAGUCCAUCCAGGGUCCGGCAGGUCCGCCAGGACUACCUGGAGUCGCAGGACCAAGAGGAUUGCCAGGGUUAGCCGGAGCUCUGGGGGCUAAAGGCCAGAAGGGUGACACAGGUGAAAUAGGUCCUGUAGGCAAGCCAGGGGCAGGCGGUCAGAAAGGGGAGCAGGGAGUGGAGGGGGCGUGUAACUGCCAGGAUGGAGCUGAUGGUAUAAAUGGAACACAGGGACCCCCAGGUCCUAAGGGGGGCAAGGGGGAUACAGGCCUUCAGGGUGAGAAAGGUGAAACUGGAGAGAAGGGGGACAUGGGACUGAAAGGUAUGAUGGGAAUGCCAGGGCCUUGUUCACCUGCCAUCCAAUCAGCCUUCUCUGCAGCGCUGACCACUAGUUACCCUGCCCCCGACCUCCCAGUGCCCUUUACACGCAUCUACUACAACGUUCUAGGACACUUUGACCCUGCCGGAAUCUACACAGCCCCUGUCAAUGGUACAUAUGUUUUCAGCUACCACCUAGUUGCUUCCAACAAGGUGCUCAAGGUUGGGCUGUUCCAUAACUUUGUACCUAUAGUGAAGACCACUGAGACCACUAACCUGGGAACCGCCUCACAGCUGGUGGUGUUGCAUCUGAACCGCGGCGAUCAGGUAUGGCUGCAGGUGAGGGACACCCAGAGCAACGGCAUGUACACCAGCUCCGAGAGCAGCAGCACCUUCAGUGGCUUCCUGCUCCACCCUGACACCUGUGACAUGCCAAUGUUCCGAGGCUUCCCACCAGAACCCGUUACAGGAGUGUACAGUUGGGAUGGCCCACCCACACCCUAGCCAACCAUGCCUCAACGGGUCUAAUUUCCUUCCAGACUCCUGUGUUCCAUGGGCUCCUCCCCUCCCGUGCCCCCUCGAUGUUGUGGUUUCUGUUCUAAAUCACUCAAUCACCUCUGUAAUUAAAUUUCUGUAUGACCCAAUGACACAGGGAAAUAGAGUGAGAGUGAAUGCACAUGGCCUGCAGCAUUCAUUGUUUCCUUCUCUUGUUGCGAAAGUGAUAUCUACAUUUCCUUCCUCAGCAGACAUUCCAGAAUAGAUUUCUGCCUGGUUUUCAUCAGAAAAUGCCAAUCUAACAGGGUCACUGGUAUCUGGAUAUCAUCGAUUCUAUCACAAGCCGUCUUUAACCCAUUGAAGAAUAGGUUGUUGGAAUGUUUUUUUUUUUUCUUUAAAAUUUCAUGUCAGAACUCUUUCUAGAUUGCUUUCAUUUCACCAGUAGUGAAUGUUACAUCAGCAUUCUUAACUAAACAUUCUAGUCACAUGUUUGUGAUCUUACACCUUAAAGGGUUAAAUGGGUGUACCUGGGUUGCAGGUUACUGCUAAAUGUGCCAGAUGUUGGUGUUAGUCUGAGGAGGUAUGGGUCUUCAAGCAGAUGGUUAUGUGAAAGUGAUAGGGUGGGACUAAGAGGUGAAAUGAGGAAAGUGACGUCUUUAAAAGGUUGAACUCAGAGCUUCUUUCCUUUGACAUAGGACCAUAUUUACACUACCGCAUAAGACCUGUGCCUAAUGCACUACA